GCAGUUUAACUGAAGCAUAGAAAAUCCUCUUCUCAACAUUCACUUGAUCCAUUAAUAUUUAAACAAACUCUCAGUUGAUUUUGUUUCCUCUGUAUAUUUAUUGUAAAUUGGUUCACAUUAACUUUGGCCAUGACAACUUACUGCCCUGAAUGUGGAAGAAAAUAUGAUAUUUUUGAUAAAUUUUGGAUUCAGUGUGAUCAUUGUAAAGAAUGGUAUCAUGGUGAAUGUGUUUACGUUCAACCUCACCAAGCUGUUUCACUUGACAAAUUUUACUGUGCUCGCUGUGAAUCUCGAGUAGGACCUUCUACCUAUAAACCUGUCACUAAUAAUCAUCGUCACAAUGUCUAUGAAGAAGAUCCUAGUGAAAAAAUGCAAUCUGGUACUACUGCUUUCAUCGAUAAGUUAAAAACACGAAGAUUUGACUUGAUUGAACUUCCUCAAGUUCAAGGGAAUCAACUAUCUCUUACCUAUUUGAUUAAAAAUGGAUUCGAUCAACCUAUUUUUGUUGAGAAAAAGGAUGGCCUCGAUAUGUGUGUUCCUCCAAGUGAAUUUGGAAUUGAACAAAUUAUCGAACUCAUUGGUGGUUACACUGAGCUGGAUGUGAUUGACUCGAAACGACAACUCAGUAUUCGUUUACCUUUGGUUGAGUUUGCUAGAUGCAUUAACAUGGAUCGCCGAGAGCAAACUCUAAAUUGUAUCAGUUUAGAGGUUAGUAAAACGAAACUAGGUCGCCUAAUUAAACCUCCUGGAAUCGUCAAUAAAUUAAGUUGGGUCGAGAACAGCUGGCCAGAUGUCGAUAUUCGUCCUAAUGUUUCAAAGUAUUGUUUGAUUUCUAUGAAAGACAGUUACACUGACUUUCAUAUUGACUUUGGUGGUACCUCUGUUUGGUAUCAUGUUUUACAAGGGGAAAAAGUAUUCUAUCUGAUCGAACCAACUCCACAACAUCUAUCUAUUUAUGAACAAUGGAUGAGUUGUCCAGAUCAAUCCGAGAUUUUCCUGCCUGAUCUCUUAAAUGACCCUACAAAGUGUAAAAUGUUGAUUUUACGACAAGGACAGACCCUUUUCAUACCCACUGGAUGGAUUCAUGCCGUUCUGACAACUAAAGAUUCUUUAGUUUUUGGGGGCAAUUUUUUGCACUCAUUAAACAUCAAACUACAGCUGGAUAUUUAUGAAAUGGAAAUCCGUCUACGAACUGCCGAUAAAUUUUUAUUUCCUUUUUUCGAACUCACCAAUUGGUAUGCUGUUCCGACCAUUUGUAAACUACUUCAAGACAGUUUUGUCAAACGACCACCUAGAAAAGAGUUUAUUGAAGGAAUCGAAGUGUUAUCCAAUUACCUUCGCAAAUGGAACAACAAAAGUAAAGAGGAAAAUUCGUUGAAAAAUGGUGAUUUCUCACCUUAUGCGCCUAAAGGUUGCUUUAGUACAAAAAGACUAAUCAAUGAUCUUGUGAAAAAUCUCAGGUCUGUUUGCAGCCGCUUCGGCCAGACCAAUCCAUCACAACCUGCCAAUUCUGCCCUUAUGACCAAAAGUAAAAAUGGUUUACCAUCUAUACCAACGUAAAAUUUAUUAUAAUAAUUUUUUCUUCAUUUUUUCAUCAAUAACUAACCUUAUUACCUCAGAAUUAUCAAGAUGCAUUUUUUUGUAAUAACUUACAAAAUUUAUCCAAUUUGUUCAUUUUUUUACACAAGCCAUUAUAACCAAAGUCAAUAUCAAUAAGUUAAGUUUCUCUCAGCUCAACUUAAUCAAGUAUUAGAUUACACUUCUUUAUUAAAUACACAUUUACAUUAUAUCUAUCA